AUGAUAACAGGCGAUACUAUUAUUAAAUGGUAUAGUUAUACUAAUAGAGCAGCUAGUGAAGAUUACAUUAGAGCAACAAGCAAUUAUUAUAAUGAACUAUCAUUUAGUGAUGUAUCAAUUAGUGUAGAUAAAAGUGAAGAGUUUAGAACUGAUAAUGGAACUUGUUUUUGCAAGAUUUUAAUAUUGAUUACUGUUAUUAUUGAAAAUUACUCUACAUCAUUUAAUCUUGCACUUGUGCAAUG